UGCUUCAUGUUCAGAUCAACCUGGACGAUGUUGAGAAGUCUCAAGCGCCUUCAAACCAGUUCUUUGGCACCAGAGGAAGGCUUUGUGCCUUCAAAAUAUAGGCCAUUGGAAUUGGGGUUGUGAUUAUUCCUAUAUUCACAGCCAUUGAGAAAGAAAGACCUGGAAAAGUUUCUCAGCUGCAAAACUCCUUGGACCCAAGACAACCAGAGACUGUAAUGUAUAUUUUCCUUUACCCCUUUGAAACUUCCAGCUUAUUGCCUUAAAGGGAUAACUCUUUGUGAACAAUUAAACAUAUUUUGAGUUAUCUACAGUGUUUUGAUCCUUGGGAGUUCCAGUUUUCCUAAAGGAGGGCAAGAAGCAAUCCCCUGGGGGAAAGAUGUCAUGUCCAUGCCUCUUUCACUAAAAGUUAUAGCCCCCAGGCGCGACGACACACCUACUGGGUACAAUAUUUACCUUGUACCCAGUAGAAGUUAUCCUUUCUCUGUCAGUGCUUACUACUCAUUUCCCUUUCUGUUUUUUCAGCUCUCACCUGCCCAUCCAACAGCCAUUAUGAGUUAUGUACAAGGACAUGCGAUUUCACCUGUGUCGGAUUGUCCACUCCAGGACAAUGUACCAAAACAUGCUUUGAAGGGUGCCAGUGUGACAAUGGCUACCUGUUUGAUGGAGACAGAUGUGUGCCAAUGGAGAACUGUGGCUGUGUACACGAGGGGCGCUACAUCAAGGCUGGCGAAGGUAUAAUCUUAGAAGGUUGUUUGAAGAACUGCACCUGCCACGCUUCUGGCCAAUUCGUUUGUGAGGAAACCAACUGCCCAGAAGGCGCCAUAUGUUCCCUCCAUAACGGUGUGCGUGGAUGCAUGGGGCCCAUGGGAGAGUGCAUACUCCAACCUGGAGCACAGCUGACCUCAUUUGAUGGCACCUCUGGACAAAUCCUCUCCGAAGGGAUUUAUGAAAUAGCUUCUCUUUGUAAUCAAAAUGACCCCUUUUGGUUCAGGAUUAUAGCAGUGGUCCAAGUAUGUCACAACUGGGAUUUGGCAGCUGUGUCAACCAUACACAUCUUUUUCAAAGGAGUGUUUGUCACAGUGAAAAGCAGCAAUGAAACUUGGGUAAAUGGACAUCGAGUAUCACUCCCAGGUACAAUAUCUGAAAAUAUUUCUAUAAGCAUCUCUCGUCAUGGAGUUGUGAUUGAUAUGGGUUCUGAAGUCAAAGUUCUCCUCAGACCCUGUGGAGAAGUGAAGGUGGAAGUCAGUGAGAGCUUGGGAGGAAAACUCUGUGCCUCUUGUGGGAACUUCAAUGGAAAUGGUGCUGAUGACCUGAUGCUGCCCAAUGGGAAGACAGCAGGAAACAUUGCUGAAGUUAUUGAUGCCUGGAAGGCCAUGGAUUUCUAUGGCUGUAAAGUCUGAAAGCCACCUGAAUCACUGUGAAGGUUUCCCUGUGGUCUUUAUAACUAGUAGUAACUAUAACUAUUUAAA